AUGGUAGAACCAUCGCUUAGCAACCCGAAGUCGGACGCCGGUGGUAUGAAUCCGGAUAUUCUACGUCACAUCCUGUCCCGAUGGCGCCCCGAGGAUGCCAAGGAUCCUAGUAGCGAUAUUCCUAAAUUACUGUACUGUGUUCCUACUGGAGGGAACCCAACUGGAUCCGGUUUGACCCUGGAGCGGAAACAAGAGAUCUACCGACUGGCCCAGGAGUACGACCUUAUGAUACUGGAGGACGACCCUUACUACUACAUACAGUUCACCGAGCCUCUAGUUCCAAGCUUCCUGUCGCUGGACGUUGACGGGAGAGUGAUAAGAUUGGACUCUGUAUCGAAACUCAUUUCACCAGGGGCGAGAAUUGGAUUCCUGACUGGUCCACAGCCUAUGGUACAAAAGAUACUUUACAAAGUUAUGUCUUCGACAUCACACCCGAGCGGUAUAUCUCAGAUGUUAAUACUUUCUGUACUAAAGAAAUGGGGUCAUGAAGGAUUCCUGACUCGUAUGGAAGAUUUACGUAAUCUGUACAGAGAGAAGAGCCAGCAGUGCAUUGUGCAUUUAAAUAAACAUUUAAGAGGCCUUGCAGAGUGGGCGGAGCCUACCGGAGGAAUGUUUAUCUGGAUAAAAAUUCUCGGUAUUACAAACACGUCCGACUUGGUCACAAAGGCUUAUCUAAAGGACGCUCUCUUUGUCGCCGGAAAAGUCUUCCAAAUCGACAGCAGCGCCCCCUCCCAGUACAUCAGAGCGUCGUAUGCGUUCGCCACUCACGAGGAGAUGGACAAAGCUUUCUCGAGACUAGCAGAAUGUUUGAAGGAAGAAUUAUCGAAAAAGAUCUAA